GACAGUUUGACCUUCAAGUGCUCGCAACCUCCGUCAGUGGACUAUACCACUGAAGCGUUGCCCUAGUGUCUCAUAUUUAAAAGGCUUGGUCAACGCUUUUUCUAAAUUGUAGUAUGUAUACUGUGUUUAGUACUAGCAUCUAAAUCUCCAAUUCCGUAAAUACUUUAGGUCUCAAUCGGUUUUGUUUAGCAAGAUUUGAUUUCUAUUUUGAUCAACAAUUAGCAGUCUAGUGUAAUAUUCACGAGAUAUCGUAUGGUGCGGCGUCUGAACAUUUUCUGAGCUCUUGAUAUCAACUUGUGCGCUACUGUCAUUUAUCCAGUUUCUCACUUCUGUUUUAGACCUGGGAACUUCAAACUUCGAAAUGCCUGACACUACUCCUGAAGAGGCCAUGCCAACUGUCAGUGCGACAGGAACACCUGCUGUUCAACAACAACAAGCUCAACCGAACAAAUGGGGGAUGUUGAAGGCAUUUGCUUUCCGUCUGCUCACAGCAUAUUUUGUCCUCAACUUGUUUCGUCGUCCAUCACCUAACCAAAUGGAUCCGAGCAAAACAGUUAUCCCAGCUACAAAUCUUUAUCAGUCGGGUUCUAUGAUGGAUUUAUUUGUCUAUUUAAGUGAAGAUCCAACAUUUCAUUCCUUUAAUAACUCGAAUGCUUUAUUUUGGUAUGAACCCAAUAUUACGUAUGGGGAUUGGAAUGGUGGGCCAGGCGGAGAUGGUUCAUAUUCAAAGAUCAGUGAAAUUCAAUGCAGUCAGUUUCCCAACCUUAUGUCCAAUGGUUCAUUGUAUAUACAUGUAUAUUUUGUUAAACCUGGUUUCUCACCAGAUCCGAAUACGGGCAAUAACUAUUCACUGAAGUAUACUGUAUAUAAAUCGAAAAUGUUGACGCGUUACAAACGUCGUCGUUUAUCCCGUACCACAAAUCUGAUCACAGGUCAUACUGAUUCCCAUCCAGAUUUGGUAGCUGACUCUUCGACACCAUCUGAUGUACAAUAUUUACCUCCAAUCACUCAUUGGCAUCCAAAUUUAACUAUUAACUUAGUCGAUGACCAUUCUCCAUGGGUAAAAGGUUCUGUUCCAGUUCCUUUAGAUCAAUUUAUCGAGUUCUAUUCACCGACCAAUGAAUAUUAUCCUGUUGUUUAUCUGAAUGAUUAUUGGAAUUUAAAUGAAGAUUAUAAACCAGUGAAUGAAACUACGCCAAUACUACCAAUUCAUAUUACUUUAGCACCUUUAUCUCUAUUUAAAUGGCAGUUGUACGCUGCACAGACAGCUAAGAAAACUUGGUUCAACCAGAUAAUGGCCACUUCUAUGUUACCAUCAGAAAAUGAAAAUGAUGAGGAACAAGAUACAAUAAAGAAAGCACUGAUCGAAACAAAUCCUUUGCUUUUGGCUGUAACAGUUGUCGUAUCGAUUGUCCAUAGCGUUUUUGAAUUGUUAGCAUUUAAAAAUGAUAUACAGUUUUGGAAAACAAGAGAAUCACUGGAAGGUCUCUCAGUUCGCUCUGUGUUUUUCAAUGUCUUCCAGUCAUUCAUUGUUGUGCUGUACGUACUUGAUAACGAUACCAAUUUUGUUAUAAAACUAUCAGUUGUUUUUGGACUGCUAAUUGAGAUCUGGAAAAUCAAGAAAGUCCUUUCUUUCAGAUUGGAUUAUGAUUCGUUGGUAUUCAAUGUAUUUCCACGUAUUCAUGUGGAUUACCAAUCAUCAUAUGUAGAAAGUGAUACGAAAAAAUAUGAUCAGAUGGCUUUCCGAUAUUUAUCGUGGAUUUUAUUCCCAUUGUUAGCAGCUUAUUGUGGAUAUUCAUUAAUAUAUGAAGAGCAUCGUGGUUGGUAUUCGUGGAUACUUUCUGUCUCUUACGGUUUCCUGUUGACAUUCGGUUUCAUCAUGAUGACCCCACAAUUGUUUAUCAAUUAUAAAAUGAAAUCUGUUGCUCAUCUUCCCUGGAGAAUGUUAACAUACAAAGCACUGAAUACAUUUAUUGAUGAUUUAUUUGCGUUUGUUAUCCGCAUGCCUACUCUGUAUCGAAUUGGAUGUCUACGUGACGACGUGAUAUUUUUCAUCUAUUUAUAUCAACGUUGGAUAUAUCCAAUGGAUCCCAAUCGUAUUAAUGAAUUUGGAGUCAGUAAGGAGAUGCUCGACGCUCAUAUCAAAUGUGAACCGAAGCAGUCCGACAUCGAUAGCGAAACAACGCCUGCUUUAUCUUCCACUUCUUCGGAUCCAAAUCCAACCCUUUCCGAUUCUGAUGAUCAGAGUGACGUUACAUCGUCUGUGCGUAAACGAAAAUCAGGUUCACUCAAAAAGUGAUUCUCUCUUUAAUUCUAUCUUCAUAUCCUUCUUUCCCUUUUCCUUCUUUGUUUUUUUAAUUCGUUGACGAAAAUGUUUUUUUGUAUGUUAUUUAUUCAGUUCAUCCUGUUUAUCAACUUUAACUUCCAAAAUUUUUGUUGUUCAAUAUAAUCUUGUUAACAUAUUUUCAAAACAAAUUGUUUUCUGUUGUGAUUGCUUCCUCGUUCUCUCAACUAAUCCUUAAUUUUCCCCUCUAUAUAUACCGAUGUGGGAAUCCUAAACCAUUAGGGCUACUUGAGUUUAAUACUAGAAAGUUAUCGUUGGAGAAAUCAAUGCCCACUUUAGGGCCAACCUACUAUUCAAUCUUAAUUUUUGUUCUAUCCAACUCAUCAAUCCGAGUAUGUUGCACACACUGUGUUCGCUUUGAUUUCCAUCUUUUUUUACUAAUCAUUUAUUUGUUAGUAUGCAUACUACACAUCACCUGCUUUUCGUUUUCUUGUGACAUUUUUCACAGUGUCCAUUAUCUUAUCUUUUUUAGAUUUAAGAAGGAUGACUUUUAUUCAGAUGAGUUAGUUCUGUAUGUUUUUCACUAAACAUAUGCAACACUUCAUUCAUGAUUGCUGUUUAACAAGUCUCAUUUUGAUUUGUUAAUUACGUUUCAAAUUAUAUCAACAACAUCUGCAUUUCUCAUUGCGAAUGUAAUUAAAAUGCCUGAUUGGCCCUUAGCUGUAGUUUCAAUUUUCGGGAUAUCUCUAACGUUUUACUGAACUGUAUUGAUGAGCAUAAGAUGUACAAACUCUGUAGCAGAAAUAUAUUGGAAUAUCUUAAAAAUAAACAAUUGUUAU